AUGGCGCUGUGCGAUCUUUGCAAAGAAAUCCCGUGGGAUAAUCUCCCUACAGCCCCACCUGACUCAUGGCCAUCCAUGAGCGGAUAUCCAUAUCUCGUAGACUUUCACCAUUGGCCCGAAGACAGCCGAGGCUACCUACAUCAUCAGAGCCUGGAUGCUCUACGAAACGCCGCGGGCAAUGAAAGCUGCGGUAUCUGCUCACUGAUACUUACUCAGGUCGAAUUAUGCCAGGCUGAACUCGAAGAGCUCAAGCCCCAGUGGGAAGCCGGGACUAUAUCGGAGUAUGGCUGGCCACUAUGGGAGAUGUGGAUUGUCAAGAGAGAAGUCGGAGGCGAUGGGUUUUGGGUCAUGAGUACGACUGAUGACACGUUCAAGAGGAAUGUACGGCUUGUAGCCACCAUUGGGCUUUGUGUAGAUGAUGGUGAUCCUCUGGCCCCGAUCAUUCGCGGACGACCCGUUGAGAAGUAUGGAGGAACUUCGAAGGCGAUAACAAGGGUUUGUGACUGGGUCUCUGCAUGUAAUGAGCAUCCAAAAUGCAGCCCCGGAGACAAGCUGUUGCCGUAUCGAGUUGUUGACGUGGGCGAUGAUCCCGAAAGCCCAUAUGCGAAGCUCAGGGAAACAGACGGGCAGGAAUAUGGAAAAUACAUAUCUUUGAGUUACUGCUGGGGCACAGAGCCUCAAUUCACAACCACCAAAGUAACACUCGAAGAACGCAAACGUCAAAUAGCCAUUUCUGACCUAUCGCAAACGCAUCAAGAUGUGAUUAAACUAGCACGAGAACUACAUGUGAGAUAUCUUUGGAUUGACAGCAUCUGCAUCUGUCAAGGCGACUACGACGAUUGGGAGCGUGAAUCAGCAAAAAUGCUCUCCAUCUACGCAAACUCGUACAUAACGGUUGCAGCCUCAAAAGCAAAGGAUCACUCAGAAGGACUCUUCAGCGAGACAACGCCAAGGGAAUACAAGAAGUUCGAGUAUAGAUCCGGAGAGACCAGUGGGCAGGUCAUGGCGUUCAACCUUCCUAUCGACAAAGAAUCUGGGGCUAGUUCUUAUGUGAGCCUACCAGAUGAACCGCUGUCUGAUCGGGGCUGGGCUCUUCAAGAGCGAGUGUUGCCAUAUAGAACCUUGCUUUAUACAAAGCAGCAGAUGUUCUUUGAGUGCAGUGAGGGAUUUCGAGGGGAGGAUGGUACGGUUCUCGAUUGGAGAUUUGUCAAUGUGCAUGAUAUGCCAGACGGACAGGACCAGAAAAAGAAGCCCGAAGAUGAAGAAGCGCAGGAAGAAGAUCCUAAAGCGAGCCUGUAUCAGUCAUGGUAUAGCCUUCUCUGGAUAUACGGCCCUCGAAAACUGACAGAGCCGUCGGAUAAACUCCCUGCCAUCUCUGGUCUUGCGAGUAUCUUUGCCAAACGCCUUGAAGACGAGUACGUCGUCGGGCUCUGGCGAUCGAGACUGCUGGAAGGACUUGUCUGGCAAAGCCUAGAAUGCAGAAGGGUUUCAGAGUACAGAGCACCAUCCUGGUCAUGGGCCUCCAUGGACGGAAUUCCUGGCCUCGGGGUAAGAGCACCUUACGAGGAAGUUGCCAGGAUCUUGGAUGUCAAGGUUGAUCUCAAGGGCACAAAUAUCUACGGCGAAGUCACAAGCGGAAAGCUAAAGAUCCAAGCACCGAUGGAGCGGUUAUACCUCGACGUCAAAGACUGGGAUCCUACGAAACCAGGGUUCAAGUAUGACAACAACCCUCCGAUUCGUACGGCGCAUGAUGAGGCGCAUGCGCGCUUCGACUUUGACUUUACUGCUGAUGAUGCGCCGCAGGAAGCACUCAAGAUAGUCAAGACUUUGGAGGGGAAAGAACUUUUUGCGCUUAUAUUGUUGAAGGCUAAAGAUACGGAUGGGGAGACUUAUCAUUCGGUAGUGGUGAAGAAAGUCGAUGGGGGAGAGGAGUAUGAGAGGUUGGGAUUUGGGCUUCUUGAUGAGAAGGCUUUGGGACCUUGCUCCAACGACGAAACUUCUACAAUUACCGAAGCGACCCAAGUAUCGAGCCUCGCAGCAUCAUGCCCAACGUACACCGGCGAUCUCCAUCUCAUCAACGUGACGAGAACCAUCAACAUGACCGGCGUCGAGACUCUCAUCGGCGAUAUCACGUACAACCACGACUUCCCGGACGAGUACGUUACAUUCUACAGCUCAACGCUCAAGAACGUCACCGGUAGCCUUCUGAUGUACGGCGCCGGCGGGAAGAUUACCAAGACACCAGGAGAUCUGAACAUAACGCUCCCUGCUUUGCGAACCAUCGAUGGCUUGGGUGUAUAUUGGGGAUGGGGCGACGUGUCAAUUAAUACGGAUCCAAAACUCAACAUACCGAAAGGGUUCCAGAUCAGUUCUGGAGCUAGCCAGUCUUCGGCGGGGAAUCUGUACUUGAACGUUACCUAUACUUAUAGCAUCGGCGUUUCAGGUGUCGACUUUCAAGCCACCGGUGGUGCACUCUUCACCUCAUCGGCGGAGAAGGUUGAACGCGAGAUCACGAUCUUCGGAAAUAGUGGAAUAAAGCGUGUCGAGCUGGAUGAUCUAAAGUUUGUGAAUUAUACGGUCGACGUCAAAAGUAACCCGGACCUCGACUACAUCUCUUUAUCUCUGUCCGAUGUCGGACUUUUGCGCGUCAAGGAUAACGGGAGAGAUACACAUCUGUCAGUGCCUAAUCUCAAGAAGCUCGGAGGCCGCAGCGAUCCUGCCACCCAUACCAGCGGCGGUGACGCUGGCGGUAUUUUCAGGGAUCUUGUCAACGCCAGCCUACCAUUAUUGAGUGAAGUACAUGGUGACGAUGUGGAUUGGUUCAAGGGCAAGCUCAACUUCACUUCCAACUUCUUCUCAGAGCUUAGUCUUCCGAGUCUCAGGACGGCAAACUGCACGCUCGGUAUCGACGAGAACAUUGCGCUGAAUGACCUUUCAGUACCAAGGUUGAACUACGUGAAGGAUCUACAGAUACACGACAACCCUCGCCUUCUCAACUUUACGGCCAACUUGCUUAAGAAGGCUGAUAACAUCAAUAUGACCGGACCGUUUACCGACGUCGAGUUCUUUGGUCUCGAGGUCAUUACGGGUGAUUUCUAUUUGGCUGGGGACAAGACCAUGGAUUGUUCUUGGUUUGAUGAACACUUCCUCAAUCACAUUGUCCAGGGAUCAUAUAAGUGCGUUGGGAACCAUACCAAGCCUGCGACUGAGCGUAAACCCAGCACGCCGACAGAUGAAGCAGAUCUUGAGGACGAGGGCUCAAAGCAAGGAGGCACUACUUCCAGUGGGGGUGGUGGGGGAUCAUCUUCAGGAAGUAAUGGCGGUCUGUCGACUGGUGCAAAGGCUGGUAUUGGCGCAGGAGUCGGUGUAGCUGGUCUUAUCCUUCUCGGCCUCGGUGCUGGGUUUUUGAUUGGCAAGAAGACGAAGAGACCACCUGGUGCGCUUACUCGUACUACUGAAUCUGGUAACCAGAAAGCUGAGCUCGAUGGAGAUGGUAAACCGUCUAGGGGUGUGAAACAGGUGCAUAGUGUAGAAGCUUCGGAGAUGCAAGACACGGGCAAGUCUGAGUUGCCUGUUGUUCCAGCGAGAGCCGAGUUAGCAGGAUAA